CACAAGCAGAGCAGACACAAGUAGUAGUUCAACGAUACUAGUAAACAUUUUGGUCCCAUGACCCGCGUUUAAGUUGUUACAGCUUUCGUGGUGAGUCUCAACACAACCGUAAUUUAUAUAAAUGAUCAUUUUUUGUCUCAGUAGUUAAAGAACUCGAAAUCGCAGUACGCUAAUCUAGCUAGAUUAGCUUUGCUAGUUCUUGGUGAACUGCGACAUGACAACAAAAUGUAAUUAACACGACGUUUUUGACCUAACAAUAUAAAAGAAAGUCAUUGUAUUAACAAGCUAAUAAGAUUAUAGUAAUGCCCGAACUGGACGUCAAAUAUUCAGGCCCUGUGAGCCCGAAGAGACGCCGACACAGCCGCUCCAGUAGCCGCUCACCCGACCGAGGACUGAAGAGCCACAGAUACGAGCAUGAAGACGACCACAAAUCGCGAUAUACCGAUAAAGAGAGGAACAAAAACCGGUUCCGAUUUGGCAAUUCUCGCAGUCGCUCGAGGUCAAGGGAAAGAGAUCGGAUAAAUUGGUCAGAUCAGAGAGACAGAGAACACGGUGCUGGAUCAAGAUCUGAUUACUAUGAGAAGAGAGAUGAUGCCCAACGACAGAGACAAGACGCUUUCAUCGCGAGGCGUCUGCAGGAACGUGAGAGAAUUGGUGAAGUGGGAUGUCCUGAGGUCUGGGGAUAUUCUCCAAGAGUCAGAGAACCUGACUCAGACGAACACACUCCUGUAGAAGAGGACGUGAAGAACAGCAGCUCUGAUUCAAGUUCAGAGGAGGAUAAGAAGAAAAAGAAAAAGAAGAAGAAGAAGAAAUCAAAGAAAAGAAAAAACAGGAAGCACUCAGAGGACAGCGAGUCAGAAAGCGAUUCUGAAGAGGUGAAAAAGAAGAAGAAAAAGAAGAAAAAUAAAAAGAAGAAGUCGAAGAAGAAGAAGGCGAAGAAGAAUCACAAGGAGUCCAGUAGCUCUAGCAGUGAACAUUCAGAGGAGGAAGAAGAGGAUGUCAAUGAAAUCUCAUGGGUGGAGAAGACUGGUGUUGGAGAACAUGUUGUUGGACCUGAAGCUCCUCUCACUCACCUGUCGCAAGAUGAUAAACCUUUAGAUUUUGGCCACGCUUUGCUACCAGGUGAAGGUGCGGCUAUGGCAGAGUUUGUCAAAGCAGGAAAACGUAUUCCGAGAAGAGGUGAAAUCGGCUUGACUAGUGAUGAGAUUGCAGAGUUUGAGAAAUCUGGCUUUGUCAUGAGUGGAAGCAGACAUCGUCGUAUGGAGGCUGUGCGUCUGAGAAAGGAAAACCAGAUCUACAGUGCUGAUGAGAAGAGAGCGCUUGCAUCCUUUAACCAAGAGGAAAGGAGAAAGAGAGAGAGCAAAAUCCUUUCUAGCUUCAGGGAAAUGGUGUACAGAAAAACUAAAGGCAAAGACGAGAAGUAGACUGUCCUGCAGAAUUAUAUUUUCAGUUUUCGUUUGUCCUUUUUUCUGUUUUAAAAGGAAUGACAACUUAAAACAAGAUUAAGACAGAUUUUACUGAAAUAUGUGUUUGUAUACAUUUUUCUCUGCUUGGACAUCCUCCUGUACAGUACACAGUGACAGGCUUGUGAACAAAUUUUUGUGUACAUUUUUUUUAAUUAGUAGAACUCAAAUCAUUACCUAAUGCAAUACCCUUCAUGUGAUGUGUUUUUGCAUCUAAAUAAACAAUGGUCAUGUGAUCCACA